AUGAAAAUAGAGUCCUUUGCCAAUGUUCUUUUAUCUAAUCCAGAUGCUUAUGAUCCUUCACUUUUAGAACAAGGCAAAAAGAUCAAUGUUCGUGUCAUUGGAUUACAUGCCAACGGGUCGCUGGUGGCCAGACCAGGCGACCAGGUGGAGCUACGCUGUGAAGCUGUCGAUACUCUAACCAAUCGGGUUCUUCUACCAGAAGAGGUCUCCUUUGCCUGGAGUCUAUUCGACAGUCGUGGCGUCGCAUUUCCAUUCGAUAAGCUGGCCCAACAGACCAUUCUGUCGGGCGGGCACACGUUGCGACUGACCUACCUUCGUCCAACCGAUCAGCUUCCCAUUGAGAGCCGACCGCAUGGUCGCUGCUCCGCCUUCCAUUACGACCUCACUUAUCUCUACUUUUCGCCCGUUUUUCCUAUCCAGGUUGUCUGGCUCUCUGAUCAGGAGAUCGCACCAGCCGUACCAUUACCUGAACAGCCCAGCUGGGACAUUCAAGACUCGGACAAAUGGUGUAAGCUAGGCCCGAAUAUCCCUAAAUCAAGCUGUGUGAUUGGCCUAAACAUGCCUGGACAGCUCUUGCACAAGUUAAUUUAUACAAUGUUAACAGAGGAAAAUAUUAUUAUGUUGAAGAGAUAG